AUGAAUUACAAUCUUCGUCUCCGUCUACCGCGAGCUAAUAACAAUAGCAAUGAAACUGAAUCGCAACUCGUCCAUAGAUGGGAAGUACACCAAGCAAUUGGCCAAGCGCCAGCAGUGAUCCGCGUAAAGAACCUCCAAACUUCCCUCGAAGUGGGUAAAGAUGCCUGGGGACGACUAAGGAAACAACAACCUGUUUUAAUUUCUACCAAUGUUUUCCUCCGGGCGCCUUUCGAGUCAGCCUCAACUAAAGAUGCCGUCACAACAAGCACCGUCCAUUACGGGACCUUAAGCAAAGCGAUUCUAAAAGCCUGUCAAGAAUUCACCAAAUCAAACGCUUCUAGACCCAAUGAAGUACCGGUCGAGGAAGCUUCCUCUCUCGCAUCUCUCACGAAUGCCAUUCUGUUCUUCCUAACGCACUCCGUUGAUCCAAAAUUAUCCCAAUUCGCUCUGAAUAAGGAGAGUCAAGAUCCGAUUCUCAAGUCCGAUGUUAUGACGGCAUUGGAAAUUACAGUUUUGUUGCCCAAAGCAUCUUUACUUGGUGCUGGAAUCAGUUUCACGCAGUCUUUGUAUUAUGAUCAACAACGGGAUCGUCCCGGGGCGAUAUCUCUGGUUUUGGGGGUUCACGGUCUCAGGAUUCCAACACUCAUUGGAGUCAAUUCCAAUGAGCGCCUUGCAAAACAAAUUGUUAUCGCCAAUGUUGAGAUAGACCCAUGGCAUAACUUGCCAGAUGAGUACAACAAGCUGGAACAAGUAGUUAUCAAGACAAUGGAGGAAUCGUCCUUCCAAACCCUGGAAGCGCUAGCUACACAUCUUGGCGAUCGUAUUAACGAAUGCUUCAUCCUCCCUACCGGUGCAGCAGUUAUAAAUUCUGAUGGCACGUAUCUUUUCCCAGAUAUUAAAAUAUGCCUGGAGAAGCCCACGGCUGUUACGUUUGCCGAUGCUCCCACUGUGGAGCUUCUAGUGCACUCAGAUCCCCUCAAGAAUAAAACUACAGAGAAAUUUUACGAAGUUUCUGCGAGAGACAUGCCGGAAGUACCGUUUCCGUUGCAAGGGAGGCUGGAUGAGUGGCUUGAACAAAAUCGGGUGCGUUGA